CACUGUGCUAAUCUCUGGCCGCUGCUUGUCACCAUCAACGACGCUCCUACUGACAGUUACCACCGACCUGCUUCAGAGGAAUAGAUUAGGAUGAAGAGUUUCUGAGAUAAAGCAGGAAAACACGAGUGCAACACGGUAGGGCGCGAACGGAGAUUAAACGUUAGCUGCGCCGUUUAACGUUUAACGGGAGUUGCGAUGGUCCAGAUAAGGGAUAUUUUUUUAGCCUUGCUCCUUGUGGUCUGUGCAGUUUCACUGGAAGUGCAGAUCGUGCCGACUCAUGGAGAGAUUAGUCUCGGAGAGUCCAAGUUCUUCAUGUGUGAAGUCGAAGGCGUCGCCAGGCACAUAGAAUGGUUCGGACCAAAUGGGGACAGGAUAGAGCCGAACAGACCAGACGUAACUGUGAGCCGUAACGAUGAGUCAUCCACUCUCACCCUCUACAAAGCUGGGACUGAACAUGCAGGGACAUACAAGUGUGUCGCUACCAACGGAGACAAGCAGGCAGAGGCAACUGUCAAAGUGAAAAUCUUCCAAAAGAUCACCUUCACAAACGCACCGUCACCCCAAGAGUUUAACGAAGGAGACCAGGCCAACCUUAUCUGUGACGUCGUCAGCUCGCCCCUCCCCACUGUCUUCUGGAAGUAUAAAGGAGCAAAGAUACACAUGGAAAAAGAUGUUCGCUUUAAGGUACUGAGCAACAAUCACCUCCACAUCCGCGGCAUAAAGAAGACUGAUGAGGGCUUAUACACCUGCGAGGGUCGCCUCAUGGCCCGCGGCGAGAUUGAUCUGCGGAUCAUCAAGGUCGUAGUGAACGUGCUCCCGACCAUCAGGGUAUGGCAGUCAGAGGUGAAUGCUACAGCAGAUGUCGGGCAGCCCGCCAUGCUGACUUGUGCUGUUGAUGGCUAUCCUGAACCCAUGGUGACAUGGACAAGGAACAAUGUGGACCUGGAGGCAGGAGAGAAGUACAGCUUUAAUGAGGACGGCUCAGAAAUGACAUUAAUGGAAGUAACUAAGCUGGAUGAAGGAGAGUACACCUGCAUCGCUAGGAAUAAGGCUGGGGAUAGCGACCAGGAACUCAGUCUGAGAGUGUUUGUAAAACCUAAGAUCACGUACAUCGUGAACCAGAGCACUUCUGAGAUGGAGGAGCAGGUAACUCUGACCUGCGAGGCGUUGGGAGACCCCACUCCCACCAUCAGCUGGAGUUUCGGUGAGCGCGUCUUCACUGAAGGAGAGCAGAGUGUGGAUGGGAAUGUAGUGGUGAGGAGUGAUGCUCGUGUGUCCUCCCUCACUCUGAAGUAUGUCAAGUAUACAGAUGCGGGUCAGUACCUCUGCUCGGCGCGCAGUGCCAUUGGAGAGGAUGAUCAGCCUGCAUAUCUGGAGGUCCGCUAUGCCCCUAAGAUCCACGGUGCCGUGGCAGUGUACACCUGGGAGGGGAAUGCUGUGAAUAUCAGCUGUGAGGUCAAGGCUCAUCCCAGUGAUGUGUCUAUCGCCUGGCUGAGAGACGGACUGCAGCUCCCCAACGCAAACACCACCAACAUUAAGAUCUUCAGGAGUCCAUCAGCCAGCUACCUGCAGAUAACCCCUGAGUCAGAGAAUGACUUUGGGAGCUACAACUGCAGCGCCUCAAAUGAGAUGGGCACCGAGUCCAAAGAGUUCCUGCUCAUCCAGGCCGAGGUGCCAUCAGCUCCAUUCCUCAGCAAGGUGAGGGCCUUCUCCACCUCGGCACAGAUCGAGUUUGGGGAGCCCGAGUCCACCGGGGGGGUUUCUGUCCUGAAGUACAGGGCGGAGUGGAGGAUUCAGGGCCGAGGCACCUGGUCGCACCGCGCCUAUGCAGUCGAUGAUGGCGUCAGCGCUGAGGCCACUGUCACAGGUCUGAAGCCAGAGACCAGCUACGAGGUGAGGCUGUACGCCAUCAACGGAAAGGGGGAGGGGGAGAGCAGCCUCUCCAAGUUCUUCAAGACGGAGCCUGUCCGGCAUCCCAAUCCUCCUAAACUGGACGGGUCACUUCUGCCCAAAGGCAACUCCCUCAAAGUCAGCUGGACCAAGCAGGACGACGGCGGCUCGCCCAUCGUACAUUACCUCGUCCGCUAUAAGCAAAAGAGGACAAAGGAUUGGAACCCAGAGAUCCGGAUUCCCAGCUACAGUGACUACGUGAAUCUGAGCGGGUUGGAGUGGGACACGGAGUACAGCAUGUUUGUGGUGGCAGAGAACCAGAAGGGACGGUCCCAGCCGGCCUCCAUGUCCUUCAGGACGGCCCCCGAGCCAGAAUCCAUCGCAGAUUUGGGCGAUGAGGCGGCGCUCUCCAUGGACAUCAUACUCUGGUCAGGGAUUAUUGUUAUAUUAUCUAUACUCCUGCUGCUAGCUCUGGAUGUCGCCUGUUUCUUUGUCAACAAAUGUGGCCUCAUCAUGUGCCUCUGCGGUAAAUCAAGCACCGGCACCAAAGGGCACAACCUGGAGGAGGGCAAGGCGGCCUUCAUGAAAGAUGAGUCCAAAGAGCCAAUAGUGGAGGUCAGAACAGAGGACGAGUGCACAGCCAAUCACAACGCAGCAGGACCGACAGAACCCAAUGAAACCACACCUCUCACAGAGCCAGAGCUGGCGGCUUUCACUGCUGCUCUGGCACUGGACACGCUCUCCUCCGUAGCCACCAACUCUGACACAGCCACCGCAACAAUUGACCCCUCUCAGGACAGCCCCUCUAGCGAGACCACUACCCUCACUUGUAGCCUGUCUACCCUGGCCAACGACCCCUCACCCACCCCCCUCCUGGCCCCGGCCCCAACUCCAGAGUCCAACACGGCCCCGCCGCUUCCCCUCAUCUUCACCUCGGCCAUCGAAGCUAAAAUGGCCCCGUUAGUAGAACAAAGAGGAAGUAACGCCCCCGAAGAACUGGAGAAAAUAACCACUCCUCCUUCUACCCCUGAUUGGGCUAAGGCGGCAAAAUCCGAGACGCCGAUACCCCCGAAGCGUAGAAACUCUCCUAAACUUGCCGCUAUGAAUGCUAAAGCUAGCCCGCCUGUAUCGCCCCUGGCUGCGUCUUCCCCAGUGCCCUCUCCCUCUGUCAACAUCAGGAAACCUGCUCCAAAGCCACCGGUCAAGCAGCUGCCCCUACAGCCACACACUGUAGCCUCAGAGACAGAGACCCCGGUACACACUGACGCACCUCUAGCAACCACUGCCCCUCCAAAACCAGAUCCUGAAAGCCUUAAAAGCCCUAUUGACCAACCUGGCCAUACUAACACUGCCAAAGAUGCUGAAACUAGCUCUCUUUCAGGGAUCCACGGUGCUCUUAAAGUCCUGGAUGCUGAAAAAUCUGCUCUUUCUCCUUUACCUGUCACUACUAUUUCCUCCCCUCACGCCCCCCCCGUUGAGGAGCCGGUUUCUAAGGAUCCCUUUGCAUCGCGGUCAGACAGAUACGCCUUACUUUCCUCUGUUGAAGGGCCUAAAAAUGCAGAUACAGAUUUAGAGAUUGCAAACGGGAUGGAAACUGACAAAUACCUUAUUAGCUUAAAGAGCCCUCCUUUUGCCCCCCCUCUGGCCAAUGGAGAUGCAGCAGACCUCCCCCCCCCAGGCCCAGCUCUGGAGGCAUCAGAGACUCUGGCCAAGACUGCUUCUCCUGUCAACGAUGAGAAGAUGUUCUCUGAUCAGAAAGACAAAGUGGAGGAGGCAGAAAUGACAAACGCCCUGACGGAGAUUACUGCAGAACACAACCGUGUCAUACACACAAAUUCCACCGAGAGCAAAGCAUGA